UCGUAAGUCGACGUCGCAAUGUACGAGUCAAAUAAAUAUAUACUUUUAAAUCCAUUUUUUUAAAAUUUGCUCGUUCAAUCGUCAACGAACGAAAAUUUGAAUAUCGAACGGACCAAUCAGAGGGGGGCUCGCCGAGUCGCGUCCGUUGAGGCGCCAACGUUGAAGUCGCCGUGAGGGGGUCCAGCGAGCAGAGAUGGAGAAGAACAACCAGGAGAAGCAUUUGGAAGUGUGCGAUGACAUCAUCAGCUUUUUCACAAGUGAUCUCAAACCCAAGGAGAACAUGGACAUGGCCUUGGAAAUGCAGCGGAACAUGAUGGAGAAUUGGGUGGUGCAGAGCGAGGAGGCCAUCCAAGCGCUGAAAGACAAGAAUACGCUGAAGAUGGCGCGGGAGGAGAUGAUGCUGGCGACGAAUGACCUCGGUACGGCGAAGCGGGAGCUGGAGCAGGUGAAUGCCGAGCUGCAGCAGAAGCUGCAGGAGCGGGAGGAGCAGCGGCAGGCGCUGGCUCGCUGCCUGGCCGAACUUGAGGAGAUGAAGAACUUGGAGAAGGAGCUGAAGCUCCAAGAGGAGGACAUCACGGUGGAGUUGACCGACGUCAUCCCCAGCACCAAGUACAUGGUUCACCUCAUGUCCAAGCUGACGCUCGUGCGCUUCGACUACGAUGCUGACCCUGCAAUCGUCAAGGGAGUGGUGGGGAACAAGACGGGCGUGCAGCCCUUCGAGUUGGACACACGCCAGCACAGCCGCUCCUUCAUCGUCAACUACCUGUGGAGCCUCGUGGACUCGGUCUGGUAGUGUCCAGCCGCCGAACUCGACCGUCGAACCGGAGGAGCAGUCCCGCUUGAACACUACCACUACCACCAUUGUCGUCGUACGUAGUCAACCGCGCUAAUCGGAUGUGCCGAGGGAAGGACGACAACACGAUGGGUCUCUGUGUGAGUCUAUGGGUCUCUGUGUGAGUCUAUGGGUCUCUGUGUGAGUCUAUGGUUCUGUGUGUGAGUCUGUGGGUCUCUUGUGAGUCUGUGGGUAUCUGUGUGAGUCUAUGGGUCUCGUGUGAGUCUAUGGGUCUGAGUGAGUCUAUGGGUCUCUGUGUGAGUCUAUGGGUCUCUGUGUGAGUUUAUGGGUCUCUUUGCGAGUCUAUUGGUCUCUGUGUGAGUCUAUGGGUCUCUUUGCGAGUCUAUGGGUCUCUGUGUGAGUCUAUAGGUCUGUGUGAGUCUAUGGGUCUCUGUGUAAGUCUAUGGGUCUCUGUGUGAGUCUAUGGGUCUGUGUGAGUCUAUGGGUCUCAUGUGAGUCUAUGGGUCUCUGUACGAGUCUUUUGUAUGUAUGUACGUGUGUAGAACUUCUCUCGCAAGCGUACGUAGCCAACCGCGCUCAUGGGGGGUGCGGGGGUAAGGACAGCAAACUAAACACGACAACGAGCAGUUCUGAAGAAUUAGUUUGUCAAUCUCGAUGAUACUCUUUGGUUCUUUAGGUAAAGUCACGUAGGUAGAAAAUAAAUCACGACGUUUCGGGCGCAACACAACCGUCCGUCAUCAGGUGGGAAGGCAUGGUCUGCUGCUGAGGCAGACUGUUUAAAAGGUUUGAAACGGGUGUAGCCCAAAGGUCAUAAAGAAGUGGCUGGGGCUGGUGAUGUUAAUGUGAGAGAUUAGCAUGAUGCUAAUGUGAUGAAUUAGCAUGUAACUGGGUACGGAAGUGGCUAUGUUAAUGUGAGAGAUUAGCAUGAUGUUAAAGUGAGAGAUUAGCAUGUAACUGGGCACAGAAGUGGCUAUGUUAAUGUGAGAGAUUAGCAUGAUGUUAAAGUGAGGAAUUAGCAUGUAACUGGGCACGGAAGUGGCUAUGUUAAUGUGAGAGAUUAGCAUGAAAUAACAGCUAAUUUCUCACAUUAACAUCACUUGCCCCAGCCACAUCUUUAUGACCUUUGGGCUACACCAGGGGUCGGCAACCUACGGCUCCGGAGCCGCAUGCGGCUCUUUACAGGCUGCUUCUUGACGAUAUGUACAGUAUGUACUCAGAUGCAUUGCGGCUCUUGAAAUACUGAAUUUUGUACCGAAUUGGAAAGAAAUGGCUCUUCUUGUUAUUUUGGUUGCCGACCCCUGGGCUACACCCAUUUCAGACCUUUAAAACAGUCUGCAUCAGCAGCAGGCCACGCCUUCCCACCUGAUGACGAACGCUUGUGCUGCGCCCGAAACGUCGUUAUUUAUUUUAUUUUCUGCCUACGUGACUUUACCGAAAGAACCAAAGAGCAUGGAUUCCUGCAGUAGUCACGAAAGCUUCAAAUCCAAAUCUCGAUGAUGGUUUAAAAGUGCGGCAUGGCUCCCAGCGGCUUCCUAAUACCAGAGAGGAAGAACAUUCCAGACGGCCGCAGAAGCGCCACGCGACGCAGCGACCGUCUUUGUUCGAUGGCGAGCCAGCGGCGGGUUGUCAUCGAUACGCCGCCGGACGGAGUCUCGCAAAGUAGCAGUCCUCCUGGUACCUGCAAACGAGCAUCAUUCCCUCUCGGCAAUGUAAACUGCCUAAGCCCAUUUAUACCAAGUCAACAUUUUUAAAGUAAAUUUACGUUCGAUCGUUUGAUGUCUUUAACUUUUGUUAAGUUCUGUGAUACUGUACAUAAGUCUCGCGUGUUUCUAAUCCCAAACAUCGUGCAUCUCUCGGUGGUUCUUUACGGAAUGUACAAAUGUUAUUUGUAUAAAUAUGUGUGUGUGUGCUUCUGUCAACGAUGCUGCUUCAGCAGUGUUUCUGAACUUAAAAUGUGCAGGCUUUUUGUCAAUUUCGCUACCGGAUGAAGGUUUUCUCGUGCCAUGUCGGCCGUGGGCGGUUGUCUGGCCAUACUUCACCACGCUGGUCAGUGCGGGUUUGGAACGUGGCACAGGUCCGGAAGUGAUGUCGGUAUCACUUGCCACCGAUGGUUAGCUAUGCCCAGGAAGCGAACCCAGGCGACCGCGGUUCACAGCUCAGCAUGCUAAGCCACCGCUCGGUGUAUAAACGGGAGUUAUAAACAUUAAUGUGUUGGGAACAACAUGUUCUGGAUCACUCGCUGCCAAAUGUUGGUCAAUAACUUGCCCGUUUAUUCCCAAUACAUUUUGGAAGGCGAUAUUUACCCAUCGCCGCAAUCAUCUUGGCCGCACUAAACAGCUACUAGAGAGGGGGGCGGGCAUGCUAACUGCCUUGGUAGUACUGUGUUUUUUUAUUUUAGUACGCUCAGUUUCUGUCACUGCGAAGGCCUCUUCAUGCUUGGGACGGCACGUGCGUUACUAUUAGGAUUGUAUAAUGCCGUGGUCUGUUAGUGUGGCCUGCACAAGGUAAUUGAAAUAUUGCUCAGCCACUUGUAAGAAAAAAUGUUCCCCCACCCCAGUUCUCAAAAGAACUGGCCCCAUGGAGUCUCCACAUUGACACGUGACUAAUUACACACCGCUCCUAAACUCACAAUUUACAAUAAAGUUAUGCAUUUGUUAGGUGCACCUGUUGUGGCUUGGCACUUGUGUUGAGUUUUGUACGACUUGAGUGUACGUGCAACGCGCUUAUUCUAUUCCCGACGUGUCUGUAAUAAAAACGUUUCACUACUUAAA